AUGUUUAGAGGCAUAAAUAGAGAUCUACUGGAACUAGUCAGGUAUGCAGAGAGUGAGUGCCAAGCUUGGUACAACGCAAGAGACACUGAACCGGUAUCGCCACAGGUACAGACUAAUGAAGAAACACAAGCCUUAAGCUCGGGUGAUAUUUGUAUGGUGGAUGGUUCAUGGACCUCUACAGCUCAAUUCAGUGGAAUGGGAUGGGUUUGGAAGGAUACAAUGGGGAAGAUACACCUCAUGGGAUCAAGGAACUUGCAGAGGAGGGAGACAGCGUUACACUCGGAACUGGAAGCGCUACAGUGGGCAAUGGAGAGCAUGAUACAGCACUCGUACUGUCAGAGGUUUGGGACGGACUGCAAAGACCUAAUUGCGAUGUUAUAA